GCUCGAUCACGCUCUCAGACUCCAUUUUGUUUAAUAUCUUAGUUUUGAGCGGAGGCAAAGCGAGAUUUUCCGUCGGGAUUCCACUUAAAGAGUCCUGUUUUCAGAUCAACAUGACCAGUCGGAUUUUCAUCGGUCGUUUGAGCCCGAUGGCCAGAGAGAAGGACGUGGAGAGAUUCUUUAAAGGUUACGGCCGAAUCCGAGACAUCGACCUGAAGAGAGGCUUCGGCUUUGUGGAGUUUGAUGACCCCAGAGAUGCUGAAGAUGCUGUGUAUGAGCUUGAUGGUAAAGAGCUGUGCAAUGAAAGGGUGACCAUUGAGCACGCCCGUGUACGUCUGCGUGGCAGUAGAGGCAGAGGUGGUGGCGGUGGAGGAGGAGGUGGGGGACGUUUCUCCGACCGCUAUGGACGAGGAUCCCAGAACAGUCGAAGCCGAAACCCCCCUCCAGUACGCACUGAGAACCGCUUGAUUGUGGAGAACUUGUCGUCUCGUGUCAGCUGGCAGGACCUAAAAGAUUUCAUGAGACAAGCUGGAGAAGUGACAUUCGCUGAUGCACAUCGCCCAAAGCUCAACGAAGGGGUUGUUGAGUUUGCUUCUUACAGUGAUCUGAAAAAUGCCCUUGAAAAACUUUCUGGAAAGGAAAUCAAUGGCAGAAAAAUCAAGCUCAUUGAGGCAGCCAAGAAGAGGUCUAGAAGCCGGUCCCGGUCUGAUAGUUCCUCCUGCUCACGGUCGCGGUCUCGUUCCCGGUCCCGGUCUCGUGGUCGUUCUGCAUCCCGCUCCCCCAGGCGUUCCCGCAGCCCCACCAGGGACAAGAACUUCUCUCGCUCCCGUAGCCGCUCUCCUGCUGGUGGCACUUCCUCUCCAACCUCCAAAUCGAAGGAGCCCACCAAACACUCAAAGUCCAAGUCUGCCACCCCGCCGUCUCCCCCACCUGCUCAGAGAGCCUCUGUCUCCCGCUCUCGUUCCCGCUCUCGCUCUCGUUCCCGUUCUCCUUCUACUGACAGCCAGCGUUAAAGCUCUGUCAAAGGUUUUACGGAAUUGUAGAGAAGAAAAUUCAUUUGAUUGAGUCGAGUCGAAUGUGUUGGCAAAGUUAGAACUUCAUAAAACCUGUGAACACCACAGUAGAAGUAUUUUUCUCUCUAGGAUCAGCUCAGCUGCAACUGACAGUGCUUUAUUUUCCUUUUUUUUUUUAUUAGAAAUUAAUCUGUCAGUUUUGUUUUUUGUUUUUUUUAUGAUUAUGCUUUAGUUUGGGGGGGGGGGGGGGGGUAAGGAAGCAGUUGUUACAACAUCCAAGAGACUAAAGUAAUUGGUGAAGUCGAGAUUAAAAAACUGCCCUGUUUGAAAUAUAAUGCAAAUCUUCACAUUUGUGAAGAUGAGAUGGAUAAAUUGUUUAAUCAGUCAGUUAAUUUUUUUGAUGAGUCGUUUAAGUGCUGAAUCUCCUGACACAUUUUUUGUGCAGAGUCACGAUCCCUUGGAAUGAGGAACCAAGGCGGUAGAUUAGAUAAGGGGCUUGUUUUUGGUUUGCAACAAAACUGAUUUAUAGCAGAUAAAUUUGUGCAGGCACAUUAAGUGUUGUGGUUAUUUGAGGAUGUGUAACCUGAAAUCCCAAAUAUAUGAAGCUGUAAAAGGUCGAUUUAAAAAAGGAUUUUAUACAGUGUGACACCUGUAAUAAUUUUACUCAAACCUGGUUGUUGGAAUUGUGUGUUUAUGCCUCGACUUUACGGGAUUUAUUGCUGUACAAAUGUGCUUCCUGGCAUUUUUUUUUAUUUUAUUUUUGUUUUGUUUUUUUAACUGCUUGGUCCAGAAUCGAUAUCUAACCCACCUCUGGUCACAAACAAAAUGUUUUUCAGCAGGACGACAGCUUCCUGUUUGAUUCUCUCCUCUAAAUGAUGUUAUGUCCUUGUUGCUCAUAUUCUCUGAGCCUUGCAUGGUUUUUUUUCUGUAAUAAAUAUUCAUGCUUCAAUCUCA